CGGGCCUAGCCCGAAGUGGCCACAGAUCGAGAAAUCUCUUCCUCCCCCCUUCGCCGCAAGGAAAAACCUGCUCAAACCCCUCAUGGCCGCCGCCCCGUCACCGGCGCCGCCGCGGAUCCUCCUCGCCGGCGACGCCCACGGCCGCCUGCAGCAGCUCUUCAAGCGCGUCAAAUCGGUGAACCAGUCGACAGGGCCGUUCCACGCGCUGCUCUGUGUGGGGCAGUUCUUCCCGCCCGAGGCCGCCGAGGGGGACAGCCCGCCGGGGGACGUCGCGGACUAUCUGGAGGGACGGGCCGCCGUGCCCAUCCCGACCUACUUCACCGGCGACUACGGCCCCACUGCGCCUCGCCUCCUCUCGAAGGCCGCUGCUGACGCCCGAGGAUUCAACCCCGGUGGCAUCGAGAUAUGCCCCAACCUAUUCUGGCUCAGGGGCAGCGCCCUCUUCAACCUCCACGGUUUAUCGGUAGCUUACUUGUCAGGAAGGAAAGGGUUAGGAGGGCCUGGCUGCUAUAGCCAGGAUGAUGUUGAUGCCCUGCGGGCUCUUGCCGAAGAGCCAGGAAUUGUUGAUUUGUUCUUGACUAACGAAUGGCCAGCUGGAGUGGUGGAUGGCGCUGAUACUUCUAAGGUGCCUCCUCAGGUCUUGGAUCCUCAGGGGUAUGAUCCUGUUGUUGCCGAAUUGGUUGCCGAGAUUAAGCCAAGAUAUCACAUUGCAGGUACUAAAGGUAUAUUUUAUGCAAGGGAACCUUAUGUGAAUGAUUCCUCUCCCCAUGUUACCCGUUUUAUUGGACUUGCUAAUGUGGGAAACAAAGAGAAGCAGAAAUUUAUUCAUGCGAUUUCUCCUACUCCAGCAUCCACCAUGUCCAGUGCUGAUAUUCAUGCGAGACCUCCAAAUGCUACUUUAUCACCAUAUGCUGCUCCAGCAAAAUCUGUUCAUGUUGAAGACACUCCAAAGCGUCCUGCUGAAAGCACUGAUUUGCAAUAUUGGCGUUAUGAUGUCAAGCGGCAACGACAAGGGCAAACUGAUGGAAGUCUAUUGUGUUUCAAAUAUACAUCCUCAGGGUCCUGUCCUCGAGGGAGUAAAUGCAACUUCAGGCAUGAUGAAGAAGCCAGGGAACACUGUCAGAGAAAUGUCUGUUUUGAUUUUCUAAACAAGGGAAAAUGUGAGAGGGGCCCUGAAUGCAGAUUUGCUCACAGCCUUACUGAAGAGGCUGCUGCAAGGGAUGCAAAACCCCGUAGUGAACGACGACGUGUUGAGAGCAGCUGCUGGUUCUGUUUGUCAAGUCCAGAUGUCGAGUCACAUCUUGUUAUUAGUAUCGGAGAUGGUUACUACUGCGCGCUUGCGAAGGGACCACUUGUUCCGGAUCAUGUUCUAGUGAUACCAGUUGAACACUUCCCUACUACAAUAGCGAUGCCUGUGGAACCUGAGGCAGAGCUCAGGAGAUAUAAGGAUUCACUGGGUAAGUAUUUUGAGAAACGAGGAAAAGCAGCUGUAUAUUUUGAGUGGGUUUCACAGCAGUCUCGCCAUGCAAACCUUCAGGCUGUCCCCGUACCAUUGUCAAAGGCAACUAAUGUUAAGAAGAUCUUUCACCUAGCAGCCCAACGAUUGGGAUUUGAAUUUUCUGUUGUGAAUCCAGAUGGUGAUGCUAACCAAGGUAGAGAACUGUUAAGGUCGCAGUAUGACGGCAAAUCGGGCUUGUUUUAUGUAGAGCUCCCAGAUGGCACACUACUCUUGCAUAUAAUUGACAGUGGUGAGAAGUUCCCUGCCCAGUUUGGACGUGAGGUAUUGGCGGGAUUGUUAAGCAUGGCAGACCGUGCAGACUGGAGGAACUGUAAGCUUUCCAAGGAAGAAGAAGUUAAGAUGGUGGAUGAUUUUAAGCAAGGGUUCCGCGAGUUUGAUCCUGCUGAAUGACAACAUGCUCAAGCCACCUAUCUCUUGGGCGUUGAUGAUGCAUGCCUGAUGUUCAUGACUUCUUAAGCCACUGAGACAAGUCCUAGCGUGUCCCCAACAGGUGAGCCGGGCCAUGAACCAAAACCUGCUGCGGAUUCGUGGUUUUGUAGCUGACCGUUACGAGUACGUAGGUUGGUCAGGUAUAACUACAAGAAAUGAGAAUCGGACAGUCACAAGAAAUUUUCAUUGAUGAGGAAACUGGGCAGUUGAUGGUUGAAUCCAGCCUUUUUUUUAACCUGCCAUUUGAGUCUGUACCGCUUUCCUCUCCCUUCUUUGUUUGAACUCUAGAACAAAAAAAAAAACAACAACCAAGAAAUCUGUUGUCAUAGAUGUACAUCUACGACGCACCCUCCAUCA